CAGUGCAGUAAGUAGUAAUAAUUGUGUGUUAGCCUCCAGUUAAGAGCAGUAUGAGUAAGGAACUGUCUCUAAGUCAGUCAGCUCAAUAUGUUGGGCCCUAUCGACUGGAAAAGACUCUGGGGAAGGGACAGACAGGACUUGUCAAACUGGGGAUCCACUGUAUUACGGGUCAGAAGGUAGCCAUCAAAAUAGUCAACAGAGAGAAGCUGUCUGAGUCAGUCCUGAUGAAGGUUGAAAGGGAGAUUGCCAUUCUGAAACUGAUUGAGCAUCCGCAUGUAUUGAAGCUGCAUGAUGUUUACGAGAAUAACAAAUAUCUGUACCUGGUGUUAGAGCAUGUGUCAGGAGGAGAGCUUUUUGACUACCUGGUAAAGAAGGGCCGGCUAACUCCGAAAGAGGCCAGGAAGUUCUUCAGGCAGAUCAUCUCUGCUUUGGAUUUCUGCCACAGUCAUUCCAUCUGUCACAGAGACCUGAAGCCUGAGAACUUGCUCCUGGAUGAAAAGAACAACAUUCGUAUUGCUGACUUUGGCAUGGCCUCCCUGCAGGUGGGAGACAGUCUGUUAGAAACCAGCUGUGGAUCACCACAUUACGCUUGCCCUGAGGUUAUACGGGGGGAGAAGUAUGAUGGGCGGAGAGCAGAUGUGUGGAGCUGUGGGGUCAUUCUGUUUGCCCUACUGGUGGGGGCCCUUCCUUUUGACCACGACAAUUUACGCCAGCUCCUGGAAAAGGUAAAGAGCGGGGUGUUCCACAUGCCUCACUUCAUCCCCCCGGACUGUCAGUCCCUGCUGAAGGGAAUGAUUGAGGUCAACCCUGAAAAGAGGCUCACGCUAGAGGCCAUCCAGAAACAUUCCUGGUAUCUGGGUGGUCGUAACGAGCCGUGUCCUGAGCAGCCUCCUCCAAGGCGGGUUUGUGUGAGGCGAAUCUUGUCCCUGACUGAGCUGGACCCAGAUGUGCUGGACAGCAUGCACUCGCUCGGUUGUUUCCGAGACAGAGUCAAGCUCACACGUGACUUGCAGUGUGAGGAAGAAAACCAGGAGAAAAUGAUCUAUUACCUUCUGCUAGACAGGAAAGAGCGGUACCCCAGCUAUGAGGAUGAGGACUUACCUCCGCGCAAUGAUGUAGCAGACCCUCCUCGAAAGCGCGUCGACUCCCCUAUGCUGACGCGCCACGGCCGUUGCCGUCCCGAAAGGAAGAGCCUGGAGGUCCUGAGUGUCACCGAACAAGGGUCUCCUACACCACCUCGCAGGGCCCUGGACACAGCUGCACACAGCCAGAGGUCUCGCUCAGUCAGUGGAGCCUCAACCGGUCUCUCCUCCAGCCCUCUCAGUAGUCCCAGGGUCACUCCCCAGGGCUCUCCGUUGCCCACACCCUUGGGCACCCCUGUUCACCACCCUCACCACCCCUCCUCCACCCCGCCCUCCUCUUCCUCGUCCUCAUCCUCCUCGCGGGCGGAGGGAGGGGGAGGGGUGGGCUCACUGUCGCUGACCCCACCCUCCAGUCCAGGAGGGGGGAGCGGCAUGGCAGCCAGCAGCUCUGCCCAUUGGAGGACUCGCCUCAAUUCUUUCAAGAACAACCUCCUGGGCUCACCAAGAUUCCAUCGGCGUAAAUUGCAAGUUCCUACAUCAGAGGAUAUGUCCAGCCUAACACCAGAAUCCAGCCCUGAGCUAGCUAAGAAAUCGUGGUUUGGGAAUUUCAUCGGCUUGGAGAAAGAGGAGCAGAUCUUCGUGGUGAUCAGAGACAAACCGCUGAGCUCUGUUAAAGCUGACAUUGUCCACGCCUUCCUGUCUAUCCCAUCCCUCAGUCACAGCGUCCUCUCACAGACCAGCUUCCGAGCCGAAUACAAAUCCUCCGGCGGUCCCUCCGUCUUCCAGAAGCCCGUCAAGUUCCAGGUGGACAUUGCCUUUUCCGAGGGCGAGAGGGAGCGGGACAGGGAGAGAAACGAGAGGGAGGGCAGGAGGGAGACAGGAAUUUACAGCGUGACAUUCACCCUCAUAUCAGGUCCGAGUCGCAGGUUCAGACGGGUGGUGGAAACGAUUCAAGCGCAGCUUCUCAGCUCCCAUGAUCACCCACUGGUGUCAGCCCUAUCUGAUCCCUUCCCAGAUGAGAAGAACAGUCGGCCCCACGGGACCCCCACCCGCCAAAACUCGAGGCGCUCCGAGGGUGGGGGCGACAGGUGCGAGUGGGGUGAACGAGCAGAUGGCGGAGGCAUAGGAGGCAGCGGGGGAGUUCUGCAGCGCAGAGGCUCCGCCAAAGAGAGAACCCGACUGCUGUCCUCCAACGGAACCCAAUCCCAACCGUAGGAUAGAAAGUUAGACUGCGCAGCAGGAUGCCUGAACUACACCAGAAAGAAGACAGUGUAAUUUCAUCUCCAAGUAUCCCUGCAAGCCAUGAGCUACUCCUAUUCUUCCUUGUCUAAGUUACUGAAGGUGCUUGACCACAGAGCAAGGAUUGAGCCUUUUUCCUCCCCAUCAUGCACAUUUUUUCCAACUCGAGAUUCUACCGAUCUUAUGAUUACCAGGAUUCCUACCCUUAAAUGAGAAACAAGUGUUAACAAACUGCCCUUUAAUGAAAAAUAAUAAUAACAAUACGUGAAUGAGCAGUUUGGUAUUCAUCAUAGGUACAGCUUCACAGAUCAAACUAGGAAUUUUGAAGUGCUAAUGUGCAUGCCAGUUAGCGAAUCAGCCUGCUCAAGGAUGCUGAUAUGAUCAGAUAGGCUAGUCUACCAUAUCAUCGUAUUACAGUAUCCAACACCAAAAAAAAAAAGGAAAAAAAGAAAUAACAGUCUUGUGAUGGUUCUCGAGAUUACUCCUAAAAUGAAUCAGUGCGCUCAUAUCACUAUCAAGCAACAUCUAAACCCGCCCACUAAAAAGAAAUAUGAAUGCAUCUCAGCAGAAGAAUCCUAAAGAGUUAGCACCCUGCUGCCGCCCCAGUGAGUGGCGAUGAGCUCAGUGAAGGUCCUGUUUUUCUCCAGCAGUGUCUCCUCCUAAGGUAAAGAAAACCAACAAAGUAAGCUAAGUAAGUGAAUGUGAACAAAAAAAGAUAUUUUUUUAUUUAGUUUUUAUUUAUGCUUACACAUUUCUUUUAAGGAUGUCAGUAGCACAGUGAUCACAGUAAAGACAGCAACUGAGACACUCCACACAGUGUUUGACAGUGGAAGCUGCUUUUCCGACAGGCAUUCAUUCAGAGUUAAGUGUUUCGAUUCUUUUAUAUUUGCUUUUUACUCAGAGACAAUAUGAAACAAUGCUUCUAAGAUUUUUGCAUUGGACCCUCGUUGCUCUGAAGAAAAGUGUUUGAACAGAAAUAUGAACAGUAAUAUAUGAAAGCUUUGUUUUGUCGUCACUAUCCGUGAUUAGCUUCAUGAACCUCAUCACAGCUGUUUGCGCCCAGAUUGAAUGAGAAGAGCAUCACCGGCCUGUGGAUCAAACAGAAACCGCCUUUCUCGUCAAGCUUUGUCUCCUGUUGCCAUAGUAUUCAUAUACUGACUCAUGUCAAAAUAAAGCAAAGAAACAAACAAAAAAAGAAGAUACACAGUGAGGAAAUUCAUCAAUGGGACGUAUUCAUGAUGCUGGACUUUAAAAAAGGUGUCAGCUUCUUGUUGAACAGGACUUCCUAACCCCACGCUCGUUAUUUCAGUGUUCACCGACAAGCCAAGUAUCCAUCGCCGCACCCUUGCUCAUCACUAAGAGUCGCCAUUCUGCAAGCAGACGUAGCAACUCAAGGCAGUCACAUAUAUUACUCCAGUACUCUAUCAGACUAGUCGAUGUUCAUCACAGUCUUCCAUACAGUGCAAUAUGCAACAAGAGUGCAGAAGGAUUUCAGAGAGACACACAGUGCUACACUUUAUUAUUUUAAUGUCAUUUUUUCUAAUCUGUCGAUUUUUCUGUCUGUUGUUUAUUUAUUUAUUUAUGGGGGGGGUUUUGUCAUGUAUUUGUUUUAUAAACUACAUUUCAUGCCAACAAAAUGUGUCAAUAACAAACCCAAGAAACCCGUUCCUGUUCCUGUUAUUUACUCUUUUUUUCCGAUAGCAGCAGUUGCUCUCAUCUCACGUCCCCACUGAGCUUUUGUCUGUAUCUUGCGUUUCUGUGACUCACACUGAUCUCUGGUAACUGGUAUCUGUGUGCGAGAAGGGUGGGUGGCGACUGAAUGAGAGUGGGCUGAGCACUUUGCAGCGGAUGCGUUUUGAGGUAGUUACGUGUGGAUUUUCCCGACUGACCCAGUGAUUUUGAACUAACCAACACAGCCAAACCCUAACAGGCCUAUGUUUUCUCUGUCACAAACACACAUGAGCACAUCAAAUACUUGCUUGUUGGCUUUAUCUCCUGUCCGUUUGACCUGUCUGUCCCGCUUCCUCACCUCUGUUUUGUUCCCAUUGUCACAAGAAGAGAAACUGUAUGGAGUUGUUUGCCUCACAGUCCUAAACACACUGAUUGCUCACCUCAUCUUUCACGUCACCUUCAUUUUUCAUUGACCCAACUCUGGCUAAGAUUGUAAACUAUUCUCCAUCCAUAAGGGUCAGUAGAAUAAGGUGUUUAAAAAAAGAAAUGUCUGUAUCAUAAUUUAAAUAUAAAAAGUGCACUAUUAUAACUAUUGCCUGUGAUUAAAAAGAACAAUUAUGAUUGAAUUGAUGGUCAAAAUAAAGAGAGAUCCACCUUAUUGUUAUGGUUACAGUAAUAAACCCUAAAUUCAUA